AUGUACAAAUUUUCAACUAUUUAUUUAGCUUUAUUUUGGAUCUUUUCUUGCCUGGAUGCAGCCUACCUCUACCAUUCACAUGGUGCCUCGCACUCCAAGAGAGAUGAAAAGAAUCCCUUUCAAUUCAGACUUUACAACCAUAAUAUUAGGUAUGAUGCUCCAAAGGUAGUCACCGACGAAAAGCCCUGGGGCCAGCGUAGAGAUGCUUGUAUAGCCUCAAUACAAUCCCGUUGCGCGGAUGCAGAAACUCCUACCAUUGUCACCCUUCAAGAGGUAUUGGUCAAUCAGCUUAAUGAUAUCAAAUAUGGAUUAAAUGGGAACGUGUAUUCUCGUCCUUGGGCACAUUUUGGCACAGGACGUAAUGAUGGCGCUUUUGGAGGUGAGUUUUCUCCCGUUUUAUACAACACCGAAAUCUGGGACUUGGUUAAUGGAACCCAAAGAUGGAUUAGUUAUACCCCGGAUGAACCAACUUACUUUCCAAACACAGAACAUAAAAGAGUUAUCACCCUUUGCACUUUUACCCAUAAGAAGACUGGAGUUGGUAUUAAUGUAAUCAAUACUCAUUUUGAUCACAAAUCUAGUGCUUCAAGAAACUAUGGCGCAGGAUUAAUUUUGAGAUAUACAAUGGAAUUCGGAAAUAAUUAUCCAACUGUAGUUGGUGGGGAUCUUAACUCGGAAAUGACAGACCCUGCUUAUCUUCUACUUGCAGGAGCAUUAGACAGUGCUGCUGAGGUUGCUUCGAGAUCCUACAAUAAGCAAUUAUCUACCGCUUCUGGGUUUUCACCAAAGAAACGAGGAACAACAAUUGAUUUUAUAUUUGCAACCAGAGGAAAUAUUGUCACUAAUCAAUAUAAAGUGUUGCAGAACGCUAUGGAUGAUAUCUACAGGUUCAGUGAUCAUAGACCUAUUAUUGCUGAUUUCACUAUCUAG